AUUAACUUCAACAUUAGUUGUUAUGGCUCCCCGAACUUUUGUAAAUAAUAUUAUUAAUGCCCUUAGAGUAGUUUCCUACCGAAAAAAAACCGUAGGAACUAUAGGGUCUAGAGGUUAUAGUACAGCCAAAGAAGACAAGAAGUUGAAUGCCGCAAUAAAAUAUUGCACAGACCUCGUAAAAUAAUUUUAUUUUUUAAUUUAAAAUAUUUAACAUGUUAGAAAGCAUGAUCCAGAAAAUUAUAUAUUAUCAACAUUUUAUCCAAAACAUUUGCAAAAAGUAUAUUUUGCAAUACGGGCAUUAAAUAUUGAGCUAAUAAUGAUUCGAGAGUCAACCACCAAACCUCAACUUGGUAACUUGCGCAUGCAAUUUUGGCGAGAAACAAUUGACAAAACUUUCAAAGGAAUUCCACCUCAGCAACCGAUUGCUCAAGUUUUAUACAAUUCCCUGGAAAUAUGUCAAUUAUCACCAUUAUUUUUUAAAAGGAUAAUUGAUGAAAGGGAUGCACAAUUGUAUGAUCCUCCAUAUAUUAACAAUAAAGAUUUAGAAUCAUAUGGAGAGAAUACGGCAUCAUGUCUUCUUUAUUUACACCUUCAGUCUUUGGGAGUUGAGGACAUACAAGCUGAUCAUGCUGCAAGUCACAUAGGAAAAUCUAUUGGAAUAGUUACUAUUCUGAGGGGUUUUCCAUAUCUUGUGAGUAAAAGGAGAAUGUUGUUACCUUCUGCAAUUACAUCAAAGUACAACAUUUCUCAAGAAGAGAUAUUUCGUCAAGGUCCUGUAAAAGGAUUAGAAGAUGCAAUAUUCGAGAUUGCUACAUUGGCUCAUGAUCACUUACUUACAGCUAGAACAUUUUUACAAAGCACUCCAAAUCAAGCUUUACCCGCUUUGUUAUCAGCGGUUCCUUGUGACUUAUAUCUUAAACGGUUGGAAAAAUAUAAUUUUAAUGUAUUUGAUCCAAAAUUGGCUAUAAGAAAUUGGAAAUUACCAUUCUAUUUAUGGUAUAAUUACAAUAAAGGAACUUUUUGAAAAGAAAAAAAAAAAAGAUUUUAUUUUUAUUGUAUUGCUUCAGUUAGA